ACACAACCUCGAACCAACGACAGCCUUAUAAACGCGACGAUGUCGAGUUCGACGGAGUCUCGGAUGUAAUGAGUUUAUAUCCAGUUCAUCACCUGUGGUCUUCUGCACAUUCGUAUGAUGUCUUUCUACCUCGGCACUGCAGUGGCAGAAAUGGUAAGAAUACAAACUCGUUACUUGUCUCGUCACAAGUCAGACCACUUGUUGCAGGUAAGCAGAGAGGCACAGAAACGAGCAGAUGUAUAGAAUCUCCAGGAGGUAGGUAGGAGGCAUAUGUUUGAGCCCAAAAUAUAAGAACAUAACUCUUGUCUAUUUUAAAAGAGUGCUAAACCACAGUUCAUCCCACUUGCGAUAUCGAACAAAGAUUGAAGCUUCGACGAUAGCUACCAUUAUCUCCGAUCCCAAUAUAAAAGAAGAAACAAGGAAUCGUUCUGCGGACUACGAAGAAAGCACAAGAUGAUAUUAUUCGAGACCGAUACCUCAGUUUUUGAACUGAUGUGGGAUCUCGGUCUUGCAUUCUUUAUUAUUCGCAAUGCAUUCAUAUAUUUUAUCCUCACAUAUCUAUCGUCCAUCUUUUUAUCAUAUAUCAGAUUGAAUCGACUUAUACCAUACAAUCAUCUCACAGCACCAGCACGAGAACUCAUCGCUUUUCCAAUAUAUAUUCUUACCGUGGCAUUAUGGGCAAGGACUGUGAUUGUAUACCAUAAUAUUCCACGCGCACUAGGAUUUAGGAUCUCAAUUGGCUUGGUGGCUGGGUUGUUCAUGGUGAUUGCGGAGUUAGUAGGGGGUUUAAUAUUAUGGGAGGAGCGGUACAAGGAAUGGAUAUGGGAGACAGAUUUACUUGGCGCGGCUUUGGGGAUAUUGUCAUUGAUGUUGUUGGAGGGGAUGCCAUGGAUAUUGAUGCUGCUUGAAAAGAGUGAGAUGCGUGAGGCUACUCAUGGCCACGGGCAAAAGUCAAUUACAGCCGCUGUGUAAGUGGUAUCAUAGGUUUUGGAUUGUGAGUUAAAAUUGGCUGAUCCUCUUUAGACUAAUGAUCGGAAAGACGGAGAAGGUAGAAAUCGAAGACAAGACGGUAAAUUGAGGUCAUGACAUAUAAAUUUCAUGUACUGCUCUGGAAGGGCUGGGGACACUGUGUAUGAUUUGUUUUCAAUUGGUGAAUAAUUACCUCAAGCCGGACCUGUAUUUACUUCACACCUUCGAUUCUUUAUCAAGAUAGUUUCUUCCAAAGCUGCAAACAUAGCUCACUACAAAACAUUCUUCAUAAACUAAUUAC